CCAGCCCUCCUGGCUUCUGGUCUGAAGAUGGCUGAGCAGCAGGGCCGGGAGCCUGAGUGCCCUGUCUGCUGGAACCCCUUCAACAACACGUUUCACACCCCGAAAGUGCUGGACUGCUGCCACUCCUUCUGCGUGGAAUGCCUGGCCCACCUCAGCCUGGUGACUCCAGUCCGGCGCCGGUUACUGUGCCCCCUCUGUCGUCAGCCCACUGUGCUGGCCUCCGGGCAGCCUGUCACUGAUUUGCCCACAGACACCGCCAUGCUCACCCUGCUCCGCCUGGAGCCCCACCACAUCAUCCUGGAAGGCCAUGAGCUUUGUCUCAAGGACCAGCCCAAGAGCCGUUACUUCCUGCGCCAGCCCCGGGUCUACACGCUGGACCUAGGCCCUGAGCCUGGGAGCCAGACGGAGGCCCCCCAGGCCACGGACCCCACCGCCACGCCUCUGCCCAUCCCCAGCCACUACGCUCUGAGGGAGUGCUUCCACAACCCUCAGUUCCGCAUCUUUGCCUACCUGAUGGCCGUCAUCCUCAGUGUCUCUCUGUUGCUCAUCUUCUCCAUUUUUUGGACCAAGCAAUUCCUUUGGAGUAUGGGGUGAGCAUGUUCCAGACACGAAACCAAACUUAUCUCAGCUGCUGCUGGUUGUGGGGACGGCAGAGCCUCACCUACAGUUGUCUUCCUCUGUAACACCAGUCAUUUGUACAACCCACGGAUCAGCGAGGCCAUGCGUUUGCC